GGAGAAUGCAAUGAUGACUGCAGGCUAGGGUGGACGUCUAGACAGUAGAAUUGUCAUAUUUUCAAAUUUCUGAGAAAAAAAAUAAGGGGGAUGGGGAAGAAAGAUGCAUCUCAAAGAGCACACCUGUCUGUUGAUCAGUACAGGAAGAGUAUUGGGAAACAGGAACAGAAGAGAACAAAGAAAGAUGUCAAAAGAAUGAAAAAUGAGGCACAGAUCAGGAAAGGAGGAUUUGGAUUUCAGGAGUCUCUUCUCGUGAUUUUGUCAUUACUAGCAGCAGUGAUGUUGAUCUACGCCCUCUUCUAUUUCCAAAUCACACCCAAGGAUUGACAUAAGCUGUACAUUUUCAGCACAACUUCCAUAUUGACUUGAUAUUUCGUACUAUGAUCUCAAACUCAAGAUUGGUGUGCGGAUCUCACUUUCAAACUUGAUGUCGUUUGAAUAUGGAGGAUUGAUUUCCAGAGCAGUGAAGGGAACAUUAGCUGGAAGAAUUUGCAAGAAGUGUUGAUAGAUUUUCAUUCUUCAGUUUGGCACAACUUACUACCAUUCCAAUGAACAUGAUAAAGAGUCUUCAUAGUCGUGCAUAAACAACAAAAUGACCUGGUGGGUGUUUCAUAAAGCUGUUUGUAACUUAAGAGUGACUUUAAGAAUGACUGGUGAUCCUUUCUUACCCA